AUGGCAGAAAUCCCCUUUUCUGAUUUCGCCACCAAUCCCUCAAACCCUUAUUACCUUCACCCCAAUGAAAACCCUUCCCUCACCCUCGUCACACCCCCUCUUGAUCAUAGCAAUUACAUUUCUUGGUCAAGAUCGAUGAGAGUUGCCCUAAUUUCAAAGAACAAACUUCGUUUUAUCGACGGAACCUUUGUUCAACCUGCUCAAGGUCACCUCUUGCACGAUCCAUGGCUCCGCUGCAACAACAUGGUCCUCUCAUGGCUUCAACGUUCUAUAUCAGAAAACAUUGCUCAAUCAAUUCUCUGGAUCGAUCAAGCUCAUGCUGUUUGGAAAAAUUUGGAAACAAGAUUUGCUCAAGGUGACAUUUUCAAAGUUUCAGAUCUGCAAGAUGACCUCUCCAACCUCCAUCAAGGAACCCUAGACGUUUCAACAUAUUUCACUAAACUCACCUCAAUUUGGGAACAAAUCGAUUCGCUUCGUCCAACACGUGAUUGCACUUGCGCCAUCCCCUGCACAUGUGGAGCUGCUACUGAUCUUCGGAAAUACAAAGACCAAGAUCGUGUUCUCAAAUUCCUCAAAGGCCUCACUGAUUCUUUCGCAACGGUUCGUUCUCAAAUAUUUCUUCUAGAACCCAUUCCCUCUUUGGAGAAAACCUUCUCCAUGGUCUUAGGUCAAGAACGCAGAUCUCAUGUGCCUCUCUCUGACUCCACUGAUAUCUCUUCGAUGGCGAUGGCUUUUCACCCUACUACUGCCUUUGGGGGAGCUUCAUCUCGUGGUCGUGGCAGAACAUCCCCAGGUCGUGGCAAUUUUCCCCCACGCACUUGUACUCACUGCGGUCGUCACAAUCACACUAAUCCAGCUCCAGCGAUCACACUAUCACCUCUCCUCCAGAACAAUCUUUGGCUUCCAUUCAACACCAAUACAACCAAAUACUUCAGCUCCUACAACAACAUCAAAUCUCUCCUGCUCCUAUCCCUGAUGGAUGCCCUCAAGAUGGUGCUACCCUCCCUAAUGUGA